AUGGAUUCCGACCUUAAAAAUAUUUUUUCUAAUAAUAAUCAUGUUGAUAUUGUUGACGUAAUAGUAAAGACUAUAGGUGAUCCAACUGACCCAACACCUAAAUUUAUUCGUUUAAAUCUUUCAGAUAAUUUAUUAUCAAUUCGAAAAAAACUUGAAAAGGAUUGUAUCAUUAAUGAUACAUUAUCAUUUUCAAAAAAGCUUGACCAUGAAUUUGCUGAAAUAAUACAUGAAGAUAAAUUCCGUUUAUAUGAUAUUAUAUAUAAAAUUGAAAGUGAAAAUAUUUUAUAUUUAAAACAUUGCUCAAUACCUAACUGGGAAUAUUUAAAUACGUUGCAUAAAUUAGAUUAUGGAUGUAUCAUGACUUUUGAUGGAAUUGAAAAACCAAAAAAUAGAGCGUUUGUAAUGAAAAAUUGUGAAUUAAUUAAUAGUUCUAUGGGAUAUAUUAAAGAUUCUGUCGAAUUUAAGUCAAUAGAAGAGCGGAUAAAGAUAAUAAAUUUGUUUUUCCAUACUAAUGAUAUUAGUGUGAAUAAUUUUAUUAAAUUAGGAAUGUCAAUUGGGAGUUUAAAAAAUGAAAAAUUAAAUUUUGAAAGUGAAUCUGAAAAUCCUUCUGAAGAAUUUAAGCAAAUAACUAAAGAAUAUGGACAAUUUAUUCCGGGAAAAGUUAUUUUAGGUGGUAGAGUUCUUUUUGGUAAAAAUAUAACAUCUGGUUAUCUUACUAUUUCUAAUUAUUUAAAAGGAAAAUCAACUUCUUAUAAAUAUAAUUACACGAAAAUAAUUGGAGGAAAACAGCCUGACAAUGAAAAUUUUGAUGAAAUAGCUUGGUUUAAAACUUUAAAAGAUUAUAGAAAUUGGGAACCUAUAGAAUUUCACAACCCUGUUAGCAUUUUUCAACUUCUGCCUAUUGAUUUGCGUAGACGAAUCAAGUGUAAUAUUUUUGCAACUGUUAUUGAUGUGAGAGAGAAAGAUUUCUUUACUUAUCAAGUUCUCUAUCAAUCAGAUGGAGAACCAAGACUUAUAAUUCAUUGUAUUCAAAAAAAAUUUAAAAUACGUCAAUGCAAGUUGAAAAUUGGAUGGAUGAUAAUUGGACAUUGUACAGAUUUAAGUUCUUUACUUCUAGAUUCUGAUAUUCAAUUGAAAGUUCUAAGAAAUGAUUUUGCAUCAAAUAAUCAAGAAAUGACUCAAUUAUUAUUAGACUAUCCAUGUGAUCCUAUUCCUAUUUGUUUAGGAAUUCCUGUAUUAACCAAUAACAUUAAAAUUAAAUUUAUUAAAAGUUAUGGAUAUCGUGAAUAUAAAACAUUGCCUAAAUCAAGUGAUAGUAUGAAAUAUGCAUUCUUUGAUCCGAUAUAUACCAGGCUUCCUAUAGUUACCAACUUUCCUAAAUAUAAUUAUACAAAAAUAGUUAAACAACAAGUGAUUGAACGGCUAAAAUUGAAUUAUGGUUUACACUUGGAUGAGCAACCAAAUGAUGAGUUGAAUAUAAGUUUAUAUCAUGGGCAAUCGAGUGAACAAGCUAUUUUGAUAGAUGAUGGUGAAUUAAGUAUAAGUUUGUAUAAUGGACAACCGAUAAUAUUAUAUUUUGAUUUAAAUAAUUCCGAUUUUAGUAACUCAACAGAGUUGUGCAUUAAUUUUCCAAUUGCCGAAAUCACUUAUAAAGGUCAUUUGUCAAAAGCUUUUUCAAAAUAUACAAAUGAUGAUGAAAAUUUACGUAAAUUGUAUGGUCAUUUCUUUGCGAGAAAAAUUUUAAUUGGUAGUAAAUUAUUUAUAAAAAAAACUCAAUUUAAUGAUUUAUUUGCCUUGAAUACUUUACCAAAAAUGGAAAUAUUGGAUAAGGCAAAGUUAGAUACUUAUGAUAAAUUGAUCGAAUGGAUGAAAAUUUUGUAUCCGCAGAAUACAUUGGAUAAAGAAUUAAUCAAUUGGAUAAAUACUUUAUUCCGGGGAGAAAUAAUUGACAUAAUUUCUUAUGGUAAUUUAAUCUCUACCUCUCAAUUAAGAAACGGCACAUUGGAUUCUAUUAAAAAUUAUUAUAACAUACAGAUCAAAGAAAAAUUAAGUUUAAAAGAUUGGGUUGGAAAGGCGGCAUAUGACAACCUAAUAAGUUGGAUUAUAGACUUUCGUUUAUUUUAUGGAUUAAUGACUAAUCAAAAUUAUAAAAUAGAAAUUAGCAAGGAAAUUGUUAUUAGUUUUACCGAAAUUCCUAAAAUUAAUUUAAGUGAUAAAUCUUAUUUGAAAAUAAUUAAACCAUCAACGAAAUUGGAAUUUAGUUUAAUUUCUAUCAAAUGUGAACGUUAUGAAAUUCUUUUAGAUGUAAAUAAUGUAAACCCUACGGAAGAAUUUGAACAAGCCAUAGAGAAAGCACUUGAAAGUAUGAACCCGUUAAAAGAAUUACAAUGUAUAUUUAACGAAUAUGGUCAAUUAUUUCCACAAAGAAUUAUUUUAGGAAGAUCUUUAAAAAUUAUUUUACCAAAUUCUUCUUUAAAUAAUACAUUUGAAAAAGUUAAUGAUGUUGACGAAAUACUUAAAUUAUUGGAUAAUUUAAAUGUUUCAUACCUUUUAACACAAAAAGGAAAAAGUGUUAAAAAAGAGAAUUUAUCUCAAUGGAUUGAUGAUACGAAAAAUAAUUUGGAGAUUAUUGAGUUUGAUAAUAUUAUUCCUCUCUAUAAAAUUCUCAAAAUGGAACAACAAAAAAAAAUUGAAGAUAUAUUAAAUAAAUUUAAUGAUCAUAAUAGAAUUAUAAUGACAGGAAUUACUGAUUUGAAAGAUUUAGAUAAUGAUAAUGUUUUACAUUAUAAAUGUAUUGAUUUAGAAAUUUCAUUAGAGGACAAAAAUUAUGAAGUAUUUGGAUCAAUUAUUUCAGAAAAUAAUGUAAGAUUGGAUAACGUUUAUGUUAAUUUUGGAUUAUAUGAUUUUAAUGGAUUUUAUGCGAUAAUAAAAAAAUCAAAAGUAUCAAAUAUAGACUUAAAAGAAUGUUAUGUUUCGUGGAUGAUCGUUGGGAAACCCUCACAACUAACAGUUUUUAGUCCAAAUAAUCGAGAUCUUCAAGUUAAUUAUUUUAAGGAAUCAAUCAAAUUACAAAGUAAUCAAUUAAAUUAUUUUAUUAAAACAUCUUUUACUUUGUCUGAAGAAUAUAGUAUUUUUGCACAUGCAUAUGAUUCACCAGCAAAUUAUGAACCUGAUAGUAUUUUUGAGUUAGUUAAAUGGUCAAAUAAUUCUCUUGAUUUUCAAAUAACCAAUUCAUCUCAAUUUAAUCUAGAUGAUGGAAUUAACAUAGGUUUAAAUAUUUGUAUUCUAUUUACAAAUUAUAAAGAUUUAAAAUUUGAUAAUAACAAAGAAAAGGAACGCCUUUUAAUCGGUCACAUUUUAACAAAGGAAAAUUUUGUUGAAUGUUUUUCCAAACCAGUUGAAGAUGAAGAAAAUAAGUGA